AUGCAAAACAUGGGCAAUUCAAGCACAGAAAAGGCAGAAGUCUCCAGAGUCGAGGAUGCAAGCCACAACACGGCUGAUGAUGGAUUGAGGGAUCACCCCAAGACAUGGAGUCGGACUCUAAAAGCAAUGGUGCUUGCUAAUCUUUGCUUCAUGGUAUUCAGUGGCAACCUUUACGCGGCCGGCAUCUCCUCUGGACUUAUCGCUCUAGUCCAAGAUUUCCAUAGCGACUUCCACGAAGCGAGCAAGAUCAUUGCCUAUUGCGUCCUUUGUUUGGGACUGGGAGCCUUCCUAUGGAUUCCGACUGCUGUUGUGAUUGGAAAGCGUCCAGUCCUUUUGGCCUCGCAAGUCAUGUUCAUGGCCGGGUGUAUAUGGGCGACGCAGGCUACUUCGAUGAACAGCCUUCUUGGAUCCCGGAUCCUCGGAGCUUUGGGUGCUGGUGCGGUUCAGGCUGUUGGUCCUGCAGUGAUUGGAGAAAUCUUCUUUGAGAAAAACUACUCCAAGGCCAUGUCAGCAUAUACAGCCAGCCUCUGUAUUGGCGCUCAAGGUGGUCCUCUCAUUGGUGGCCAUCUGGUCGAGGCCAAGGGGUGGCAAUGGUUCUUCAUCCUCCUUGCUAUUCUCAGUGGUGUCAACUUCUGCACCCUUCUAUUCUUCUGCCCCGAAACAGCCUUCAACAUUCACAUCGACACGGGUGCCACCGGCGCAGAUGUGGACGCUGACAUUCUUGACCAUACCACUGGCUUAGGGCGUCGUCAGAACUCCAUCAGGACCUGGCGACAGAACUCGUUCUACAAAAGACACCCACACGUCCGCGGUGGUGGUCUUAGACAAUGGGCACUCUCAUUUCUGUUGCAGAUAGAGUAUACUUUCGAUCCCAUCGUGAUCCUGUCUGCGGGUAUGUGGGGGAUUGUCCUGGCUUGGGUUGCUACCAUCUCAGUUAUUUCUAACCAGCUUUUCGCUGCACCACCCUUUCUUUGGGGUCCGUCUGAACUCGGAAACUGGGCGUGCACCAGCUUGAUCGGCUGCUUGAUUGCCUUCCCUAUCGCGGGUCCUCUGACGGAUAUGGUGUCCUCAUUUAUUGGGCGUCGAAAGGGCAAACACAUGCCUGAGUAUCGCCUCUAUACCCUUAUUGUCCCCUUCAUGAUCUCUUCUGCAGGUCUCCUGCUUUUCGGAUACACUUAUGUCAAGGGCUCUUAUGUAGGACCGGCUGUUGGAUACGCCAUGCAGGCUGCCAGCCUUAUGCUCAUCCCUACCGCUGUCCUGUCUUACGCCAUCGACAGUUACCCGUAUGAUUCAUCCGAAGUUGUGGCGUUGAUAAAUGCUGUGACUCACCUGAUCCCUUUCGGACUGACCGAGACUGCAUCGGACUGGCUGAUGAGAGUAGGCGUGGAGAAGAUGUUUUUGCAGAUGGCCAUCAUUCAGUGGGCAUUGCUUGCUGGGCUGUCGCUCAUUCUUAUUAUUUUUGGACCGUGGAUCCGGACUAAGGCUUCGUUUGUUCACCAGCGAUAUGGCGCCAAGAGAUUCUUGUAA